UAGCUGCCUUCCAUUCAUAGUUUGGUUGAGCUUUGAAUGAGGGGCCGUCAUCCUGUUGUUUCGGCGGUUUCUAUAUCCACUUUUAAGACCAAAUGUAAAAUGAAAAGGCUGGAUUUAUUGACGGGUACAUAAGUGAGCACCCGACCAUCUUUCAACUGCUUGGUUGGAUGAGUUGGAUGCUCCGCUUUCUGCUCCCCCAUAAUUGCAAAUUCCAUCUAAUAUCUGUAUUUUCCAGCUUUUCCUCUGUGCUAAUGACUUAGCUUUUACUGGACAAAAUACACUCUGUCCUUCUAUUUACUGAAGGAUUUUAGACAUACUGCCGAACAGCUUUAAAUCCCACUCCCCCUCCCUUGUUCCCUUUACAUCAGAUUAAGAGGCUAGCUCAAAACGCUCACGUACGCAACGUACACACAACAAGAUGUCCUCCAUACUACCCUUCACUCCCCCGGUGGUGAAGCGGCUGCUGGGAUGGAAGAAGACUCCGGCAGGAGGUGGAGGAGCAGGAAGUGGGAUUGGAGGAGUAGGGGAGCAGAACGGAGGUGGGCAGGAGGAGAAAUGGUGUGAAAAAGCUGUCAAAAGCUUGGUGAAGAAGCUGAAGAAGACAGGACAGCUGGAUGAGCUGGAAAAAGCCAUCAGCACGCAGAACAUCAACACAAAGUGUGUUACCAUACCCAGCAAUUGCUCAGAUCUAUGGGGUCUAGGGUCAGGCCACAUGAUAGAGCAGUGGGACUCUUCAGGCAUGUACGGAUACCCUGACCAUAACAGAUCACUGGAUGGGCGGCUCCAGGUGUCUCAUCGUAAGGGCCUGCCACAUGUUAUAUACUGUCGUCUGUGGAGAUGGCCUGACCUUCACAGCCACCAUGAGCUGCGAGCCAUUGACAAUUGCCAGUACGCCUUCAACCUCAAGAAAGAUGAAGUGUGUGUCAACCCUUACCAUUACCAGAGGGUGGAGACGCCGGUUCUGCCCCCAGUUUUGGUGCCCCGCCACACAGAGAUCCUGACAGAGCUACCACCUUUAGAUGACUUCACAAACUCAAUCCCUGAAAACACCAAUUUCCCAGCUGGCAUAGAUCCCCCUAAUAACUACAUACCAGAGACUCCCCCGCCUGGCUACAUAAGUGAAGAUGGCGAGGCUAGUGACCAACAGAUGAAUCAAAGUAUGGAAUCAGGCUCACCAGCAGAACUUUCACCAAAUACCUUGUCACCUGUCAGCCACGGCCUUGACCUUCAGCCGGUGACUUACAGUGAACCAGCUUUCUGGUGUUCUAUAGCUUACUAUGAGCUCAAUCAGCGUGUUGGAGAAACAUUCCACGCUUCACAGCCUUCUCUUACCGUGGAUGGCUUCACUGACCCCUCCAACUCUGAGCGCUUCUGCCUUGGACUUCUUAGCAACGUCAACAGAAAUGCAACUGUUGAAAUGACAAGGAGGCACAUAGGUCGUGGUGUGAGGUUGUAUUACAUUGGAGGGGAGGUGUUUGCUGAGUGCCUCAGCGACAGUGCCAUUUUUGUUCAGAGUCCCAACUGCAACCAGCGAUAUGGCUGGCACCCUGCCACGGUCUGCAAGAUACCUCCAGGGUGUAACCUGAAGAUUUUUAACAACCAGGAGUUUGCUGCUCUGCUGGCUCAGUCCGUCAAUCAGGGGUUUGAAGCGGUUUACCAGCUGACCAGGAUGUGUACCAUCAGGAUGAGUUUUGUCAAAGGAUGGGGCGCGGAGUACAGACGUCAGACAGUCACUAGUACUCCUUGUUGGAUCGAGCUGCAUCUCAAUGGCCCCCUCCAGUGGUUGGACAAGGUUUUGACCCAGAUGGGUUCUCCAUCAGUACGCUGCUCCAGUAUGUCCUAAACGGCCUCUGGCGACUGCAAAAGAAACUUGACAUUACACAUUCAAUUUUGAAGGAUUACACCAUGAUGGAGUAACAUCAUCAAGAUGGGGAAAACGCACACAAAGGACCUCAAGAAUCGGUGCGCUGUAGUGGAAUGUAAACAUCACAGUGAGCCUGCUUAUUACUUUUUACUUUUGUUGGAUCAACCUCAGGCUGAUAUUCCAAUCAAUCAUGGACCUAAGAACCGAAGCCACUCCGCAUAUCCAAAACAACUAGUGGCAUCCAUUUACGUUUCAGGUAUUUGGCAGAGGUGCUGAACUAGACUCAAAACAGAGAAAACAGAUGGGAUGUUGGGGAAUUGAGUCUCUCUUACGCUCACCAGUACACCUUGCCUCCUCACUGCCUCGCUACCAUGCCAGCCGGAUUCAGUGUCAAGUGUUUUAGUUUACACAUGGUUGACUUACGGUCCAACUGCCACUCUAUGGAUUCACAUUCAACCAACUUGAAAAAUAGUGUUUCUAAGGUUUCAGUGACCAAAGUACUAUUCUGUUUAUUGCUCAAGACUUGUUCUUUUCUCCUCUUCCCUCCGUCUACUGUUGGUGUUAAUGCAAAAGUUAACGUUUAAUUGACGUGCGCACACACGCACACAACCUAGCUUUCACUCAAUUGCAAAUGCACGUUUAAUCUCAGUGGGUUUGACCGAAUGAUUUCAUGUAAAAGUGAGUGUUCCCUUCAGCGAUAACUGCUGCAUGAGCACAAGGGUGUUCGCACAUUCUUUGUCUUUACUUCUUCAUCCUAUUCUGUACCAUUCCAUUUAUAUUAAAAGGUGUUAUACCUUUGCAGGACAAGAACUUUGGUGUUUCAGAGUUGCCCCCAGAUUUCAGACAGUCAAAAGUAUUCUGAAUGUUUGCAUUCAACUCGCUUCUAGAUGAUUAUUAAACUGAUGCAUGGUUUGCCCCAUUUAUUAAUAAUGUAUCAUGAGUCCCACGAUGUGGGAUUUUGCCAAAAUGGCCUCAAUAUUAUAAUUGCACUGCCCCAAAUUAUGCACCCUUAUACAAAAAAGUUGCCUUUAAUGUACAAUACAACGUAAAUGCUUUUAAAUUGCACAGAUAGGAAUGUUACGAACCUCAAUAGCAUAUUUUUUCAAUAGUAACUAUGAAAUCAUUUAUGUCUGAAUUGUUUCUGGAGGAAGUGCUUAUUUUAUUUCGAGUUAAUUUUCCUCAACUAAAAGCUUGCGCAGCAAUCUAAAGUCCAAACACUUUCCAACUAAAAUCUAUUUAAGCUUUAAGUAUUAAACCAAGCCAACAUAUUGGUUAUUCGAAGUUUUAUCUUUUUUUUUUUUUUUUAUUGUGUAUUGAUGAUUUUAAAAACAUAUAUUUACUUAUGAAAAUGUUCAAUGCUUCACUGUUUUGCCCAAUGAAACGAUUAUGACUUGAUAGGUGUGUAUUAUAGAUUUUUAAAGUGUCAGUGGGCCUACUACUUAAAACUAACUAAAAUGAUCGUCCUGAAUAUGUAAUUUGUAUUUUUAUUUUCCUAAAAAGUGAGAUUUGAUUGAAAGGAAUUUAUGAAAUAAAUGAUGAAUCCCUUGAAAAGGGGGAUUACUUUGACCAUUUCUACAAAUUCCCAAUGUUGUCCCAAAGACUAAAUGCAAGUUUGUACAAAAAAAAAAAAAAAAAAAAAAAUCACCGCUGACCAUAACCUCCUGACUACAAUUUCUGUUACUCUUGGUGACCUGAUAUCUGAUGAAGACUUUACUCUAAAAUCAUGGAAACAUGUUAGUAGCAUCCCAGAAGUUAGCUUGUGUUUAUUUAUCCGCAUAGGUUCUUCCAGGUUUAAAUCCGCAAAUAAUUGAGCGACACAAAAUCAAAUUUCAUUGCAACAAUAGUUGCUCUUCGUAGUGUGAGUGUUCAGAUGGUGAAUAUAUUGAAUUCUAGCGUCUUCUAAUCAUGAAUAUAGGAGCAACAUUCCACUUUGUGAUCUAAGGUAAAUUAGAAAACUCCCGAGUCCCAACUUCUAGACUGUCAUUUGUGUACACGCUUUUACACGCGCUGGUAGUUUUGUCAUAUUGUAGAGGUCUGUGUGUUGCUCUUGUGUAUCUGAACAUAGAGCACAUAAGCACAAUACCAUGAUCAGUGGGACAUGUAAAUAUGGUGUGUGUCUCACUACUUUUUGGUGUAACAUUCCAGAUUUAUUGUCAACUUCAAACAACGGACUGCAACACGUUUCGUAACUUGUGCAUGUAAACGCAAACAGGGUUUAUUGACCGAGUCGAAUGACUGACUGACUUUUUUUUUUUUUUUUUUUGGGGCGGCCUUUUCUUUUUUGAAUCAUUUCUAUUUGUCUGGAUCAAUUUAAAUACUUCUCACUUGUACAUAAACUGGACUAGCCUAUGGCAGGUAUGUUUAUCUCUAUGUAUCUUCAGUUUUAUGUUUUCAUUUUUUUAAUAACUAUCUAGGGAAUACUUUUUCAGAUUGCUCAAAGCCAAGGUCAGUACAUUGUAGUUUCCAUAAGGUUGUUGUAUUAGUGACAGUGUUUUGUUCUUGACAUCAGUGUUUUCAAAACCUACAUUACAGUAGGUCUUUCCCGAGCUGGUUAGAUUAUUACCAUUGUGCGUUUUGCCAGGUCCCAGCAAGCCUUUGUUUGGAUUUAUUUCCCUCCUCCCCUUCUUUAAACGAGUGCCACCUUGUUCUGCAGUUGGCCUUUUCAAUUAUUGAAAAUCAGUUUUGCAAAUGGCGAAUGAGCUAAUCUACAGUCUUUUUACGAAUCACCUCAUUUUUUUCUUCUGUGAAGACAAGUGUGAAUUCCCAAACGAGCCUCUCUUUUUCAUCAGAAAACUACUCUAAAGGGGGAAAUUGCAUAUUGUCACUAGUGGCUUUAUUGUAUAGUUGUUUUCUUUAUAUGUCAUUUCUUUAUUUCUUCAAAGAAUAUUCUGUUCUGAAAAGAAGAAAAAAAACAACUAUAGAUAUCUCUCCUCUUCAAACACUGAUCUUCAUAUGUGUUCCAAUUACAAAAGAGCAACAUCUGACUGUGUACACUAAUAAAACUGUUAUGAUUCAAUUCAAGACAAUUUGUAUGUUGCAUGUGUUUGUUAACACUUAGCUAACAAGAGCUAUUGAUUCGCUCGACACUGGAACGCUAACGUCGGGUGUUUUACACCCUCACAAAUUUUUGUCGUGUUAUUUGCAUUAGGUUUCUGCUGUCUAUUUGCAUGUGACCUUGGGUAGCUUGAGGCUGCUCACCAAUGUAAUUAAUGGUAGAGUAUAUUUUAGGCAUGUCCCGAUCGCGCCAUUUUUCACAGGAUUGGAAUCUGGUGAAAAGGAUCGGGUUUUUAAUUUAAAAAAAUAUAUUCAUGUUUUUCUGCUUCAUGCUCGUAAGGCCACUCACUCUCCCUCCUGCUGCUUUUCUUGGUCAGCAGAGCUGAAGUUUGCUACUCAAAGUUAACGAUGAUUGACAGGGUUUUAGCUUUGAUCUGACGAGUAAAGGCUCUAGCUCUACAAUCAAAGGCACAAUCAUUGUUUAGAGUUGAUGCCGUCGAGAGGCUGUUCUCGGUAGCGUCAAUAUGAAUGGUGUGAAUGUUAUGGAGCGUGAUUGCAAGUACGGCGUUAUACGUGAUGCAACGAAAAUUGUGGGUGCGCCUACAUUUUGUGUUGGUUGACCUUAAAGGCUAAGUUCACACUGCAGGGCUAAUGAACAAUUCCGAUUUUUUUUCCUCAUGUUUUUUUUUUUUUUUUUUGCGUGCCUGUUCAGACUGCCUUUGUCUAUUGAGCCCGUUUAGGUAUUAUGCAUGCGCACUAAUUCGCAGUCCGACAUGCGCUGAGCAAGCCGACCCGCAUGCGCAGAAGCAUCAAAACAAAUGACUACACAUGCUGGCUGUCAUCUGUCAUUCCAGGGUGAUCAUAUUUUGAUUUCUAAAAAGAAGACACAAAUAACUGACAUUAAUAAUCCCCGUUUAGUCUUGUAUUCAAAGUUUAAGUGGAUUGAUAGAACGCAUACACGUGCGAGCAUGACACACACAUAAGCCUUAUGAUUUAAACCACAUACGAAAAUGACCCAGAUCGGAUUUGAAAUGGUCCGCCUCUAUGCGACUUGUCAUGUUCAGAACAUCAAAUUAAUGCCUCAGUCUAGUCGGAAAAAUCGGAUUUGUACAUUAAGACCUGCAGUAUGAACCUAGCCUUAGGCGCACCAGUGCAACCAAUGCAAAAAGUAAAGUGUGGAGCCUUGGCAAUAUAUUUAGAAUUUUUUUUUUUCUCCCUAAUAUCAUUCAGGUCUAAUAUAUAUAUAUAUAUAUAUAUAUAUAUAUAUAUAUUUAUAUAAUUGUUUUAAUUUACUUUUUAUGGGCUAAAACGCAACAAAAUAAUCCAGAAACAAUGGCAUUGCCGAGUUACAAAACUAUAUAAGGUAUGUUUUAUACUUCGCAACAUUCCUGGAAAAAACAAGAGGAAGUACUGUAAAAAGUACAGUAUUGUAUAUAACAUGUUUGUAAAAAAAACUGCUCGGAACUGUAUUGGCAGAUUGUCAAAAUCAUGUUUUUUGGACACCGACUUGGGUACAAAAAUAUGCGAUCGUGACAUCCCUAGUAUACAUGUUUCCUUCCUCACAUCUAUGUUCUUAAGAAGAAUGGGUUUGGGGAGAGGGUAAUAUUUUACGGGUGGAAUCUACCCGACGUUUUUGUGCUUAAAUCAGGCACUUGUCAAGGAAAACAACAUCUGAUGUGGCCUCAUUCUCUGCUCUAUUUCAUCCAUAGCUUUCAGUUUAAGAGGUUAUUCUGGCAUCCCAAACAACAAGUGAGGACCAAGCAGCUCAAUUUAAUUUAUACCUGAAAUUGUGAGCUUAGUAGAUUUUCUUUUUCUGCUAAAAUACUUCUACGAGUGAAGUUGGAGGAAAAAAUGUCCAGUGCAGUAACUGAGAAAGCAGUCAUGUAUGAAUAUGAUAAAGACUACUGGUACAUGCAGUAUCAAAACCAAGUGAAGGUGAUGAU